GGCUCACUCGGGACGCGACCUCCACAGUGGAGCCACAGCACUCCAGAAAACACCAGUUCCUUGCUCUUCGUCCCAUCAUGUGGCCCAACGUCCAGCAGAAGCCAGCAGUGGGAGUCCUCCUGCUCUGGAUUCUCUCGUGCCUCGCUCAGAGCUCCGGCCAAGAGUUUUGCAAACAGUUCGCCCUCAACCAGUCGCUCUCGUUCUCGGAUUUGCAAGCGAUACAGGAAAAACUUUCUGCUUGUUGCUGGACGGCCCCCAACAGCUGCCAAGUGGCCGGCGGAUUCUGCAUUCCGGCCUGGCUCGGACGCUCCUGCCCUCAGACCAACGAUGCUCUCUGCGGCGGGUGCGGGUGCACAUGCUGCUUGGACAAGACAACGCCUGCUCCUUGUACUGGGACUUGUGGGACAUCAACAAGGAAAGGAAAUUGUCGUUCUUCCUGCAAUGCGCUUGAGGAGAGCAUCCCAGGGGAGUGCUUGAGUCGCAACUGCAAGUGCUGUGCGGAGAAGACGACUGCUCCUUGUACUGGGACUUGUGGGACAUCAACAAGGAGAGGAUAUUGCCGUUCUUCCUGCAGUGUGUUUGAGGAGAGCAUCCCAGGGGUGUGCUUGGGUGGCAACUGCAAGUGCUGUGCGAGGAAUUUUCUCCCGGGAUGUAACGGAAUCUGUUCGAAACCGUACCAUCGAUGCGUGCCUGAGAGAGAAUGCUUCAUGAGGAAAAGAGACGUAGAUGGCCUUGACCUCAUACCCAUUGACAGCUGUGGAUCGCCUGGCUGCGCUUGCUGUCCAUUUUAUGAUUAUGAAAUGAAAGGAUAAGAGGAUCGGCAGAUGGAUAGACACCGUGAUGAUGAUGAACGACUGAUCCUUGUACCUCGGCUAUGUUUUUUUUUCUCCUACUUGGAUUUACAUUUAAUGUAGAGAGAGAAAAAAAAUGGGGGAAGGAGUCUAUUUAUGAUUUCUGUUUCUCUUUCUCAUUUUCCCUCUGUCGUUUGGAUUAUUAUAUUCUGUCACUGUUAAUCGUUGCUUCUCUGUGCUUCUUUCCUUCUCUCUUCCUCUCCCUCCCUCCCUUCCUAUCUCUCUCUCUCUCUCUCUCUCUCUCUCUCUCUCUCUCUCUC